UAGUCAUUCAAUAUUUUCGAUCUCUUCACCAAUCUUCUGCCGUCUGCAAGCGCGCGGUUGUUCAAUAAACAAUAUGGCAGAAUGUGAAUGUCCAAACGUCAAAGAACCAAGUGAAAAACCUGUUUGCAUUAUUACGCUAGGAAUGGCUGGCUCUGGUAAAAGUACAUUUGUACAGAGAAUCAACGCUCACCUUCAUGCAAGAAAAGAACCACCAUAUGUUGUGAAUCUUGAUCCAGCUGUCUAUGAAGUUUCAUAUCCCACCAAUAUUGAUAUUCGUGACACAAUAAAAUACAAAGAAGUGAUGAAGCAGUAUAGAAUGGGUCCUAAUGGUGGGAUAAUGACGUCAUUGAAUAUGUUUGCCACACGAUUUGGACAAGUAAUUGAUUAUAUUGAGAAAAGGUCUUCGGAGUUCAAACAUGUCUUAUUUGAUACUCCUGGUCAAAUCGAAGUUUUUACGUGGUCAGCAUCUGGAGCUAUCAUCACUGAGUCCCUCGCCUCGUCAUUCCCCACUGUGGUUGCUUACGUCAUGGAUACGUCACGAUGUGUAAAUCCCGUGACCUUCAUGUCCAACAUGCUUUAUGCCUGUAGCAUCAUGUAUCGCACAAAACUUCCUUUUAUUGUUGUCUUGAAUAAGACAGAUAUCGUUGAUCAUAAAUUUGCUCAGGAAUGGAUGAGUGAUUUCACUGCAUUUCAAGAAGCCCUUUCCCAAGAGACUUCGUACAUUUCCAGUUUAUCCAGUUCGCUCAGUCUUGUUUUGGACGAGUUCUACGUAGGAUUACGAAGUGUUGGUGUCUCGUCAAUGACCGGUGCUGGUGUUGAUGAUUUUUUCAAAGCUGUUCGCGAAGCUGUUGUUGAAUACAAAACAGAUUAUAAACCUGAGUAUGAGAGACUAAAAAAAGAAAAAAAAGACUCGAUGGAAAAGUCAAAGAAUGAACAACUUGAAAAAUUGCGCAAUGAUAUAGGGCGUGGUGAUUCGGUUCCCAUGGAAACCUGGAUGCCCACAGAGAAGCAGUUGCCAACGAAGAAGAAUCCUGAAAUCAGCCUUGGCGCGUGUGACGACCGGGAUGAAAACAUGGCUGAGGAGGAAGAAACUUCCGACGAUCUUUUAGACCAAGAAUCAUUUAAACGUUUCCUUAGCCGAGAACAUGAAAAAUCGACCAAAACGUAAUUUACAUUUGAUACAUGCAAAGAUACCACAUCACAUGGGAAGACAAAGUUUCUCCAAUCCGUGCAACAAGUUAUGGUCUGAUCAUCAACUGAUUUCUUAUUAAGAAAUGAAGUAAAACCUAGACAUGACCAUCGUUGAUUGUUUACGUCAUAGAGAUGUCAAACAAGGGUUGAAUAGUGUAAAAUUAUAGUCAUUGAUAUUGAUGUAAAACAAAGAGAUUUUCGGAGAUUUGAA